CCUGCUGUUGUGCUGGGGGGUAGGGUGGGUGGGAGGGAGGGGCAUGGGGCUUUGCUGCUCAAUGGGGGAUAAUCCCCUGUGGGGAGGGGCUUGCUGAAUGCCUGGGUCCCCUCCCAUUUUGGGGUCCUGUGGGAGCCCAGAUGCCUGGGUCCCCUCCAGUUUUGGGGUAGUGGGGUGCUGGGGGAGCCCAGAUGCCUGGGUCCCCUCCUGUUUUGGGGUGCUGGGGAGCUCGGAUGCCUGGGUCCCCUCCUGCCCUGCUGGGGGGGAGGGACUGGCUGUGGGGAUCCAGUUGGCCAGGCCCUGAAGAGCCCACCACCCCCAUGUCACUACACACAUAGUCCCUGUGCUGCCCUUCCGGUGUCCUUGUCCCUGCUGCCAUGUCCUGCUGUCCCCAUCCCCCUGGCCCCCAUGCCAUGGCUUCGUCCCUACUUGACCUCAGUGAUGACCCCAUGUCACCACUGCCUGGGGUCCCUCAUGCCUGUCCCUGCACUGGCCCUGUGACUCCAGUGUCCCUGUCCCACUGCUGUCCCCAUGAUGGAGACGCCCUGGUGACAUCCAUCCAUCCCUUCAGCAGAUUCUGAGCACGGUGGAGGCCCAGGCUCCCAGCACCCCGGGGGCCAUCCGGAUGUGGCCCUGUCCCUUGUGGCCGUACCAGUGGUGGCAGUGCCGGGGGCCAGGGGGUGGCAGCGGCAGUCCUUUCCAAUGGGGCCCCCCCGGGGCCCCCCCAUGGCUGAUGAUAGCAAAACCAACCUGAUCGUCAACUACUUGCCCCAGAGCAUGAGCCAGGAGGAGCUGCGAAGCCUCUUUGGUAGCCUUGGGGACAUUGAGUCCUGCAAGCUUGUCCGCGACAAGGUCACUGGGCAGAGCCUGGGCUACGGCUUUUCAAACUACGUUGAGGCGGGUGACGCUGACAAGGCCAUCAGCACCCUCAACGGCCUCAAACUGCAGACCAAGACCAUCAAGGUGUCCUAUGCUCGGCCCAGCUCAGCCUCCAUCCGUGACGCCAACCUCUAUGUGAGCGGCCUCCCAAGGCCCAUGGGGCAGAAGGAGAUGGAGCAGCUCUUCUCCCAGUAUGGCCGCAUCAUCACCUCCCGUAUACUUGUUGACCAGGUCACAGGUGUCUCGCGGGGAGUGGGCUUCAUCCGCUUUGACAAGCGUGUGGAGGCAGAGGAGGCUGUCCGGGGUCUGCACGGACAGAAACCGCUGGGUGCUGCUGAGCCCAUCACUGUCAAGUUUGCCAACAGCCCGGGCCAGAAGUCAGGGGGGGCCCUGCUCAGCCUCUGCCCCAGUGCCCGCCGCUAUGGCGCCCUGCACCACCCCCCCCAGCGCUUCCGGCUCGACAAUUUGCUGAAUGUGGCCUACGGCGUGAAGAGGUUCUCCCCGUUGGCCAUCGAGGCAGUGCCAGGGCUGGCUGGAGUGGGCCUGGGGGCCCCCGGCACUGGCUGGUGCAUCUUUGUCUACAACCUGGCACCUGAGGCAGAUGAGAGUGUCCUCUGGCAGCUCUUUGGCCCCUUUGGUGCUGUCACCAACGUCAAGGUCAUCCGCGACUUCGCCACCAACAAGUGCAAGGGCUUCGGCUUUGUCACCAUGACAAACUACGAGGAGGCGGCCAUGGCCAUCGCUAGUCUCAACGGCUACCGCCUGGGUGACCGUGUGCUCCAGGUCUCAUUCAAGACCAGCAAACAGCACAAAGCCUGAGCCCCACCCCACUGGCCCCACCUUGGCCCCCAGGACCAGGUCCCCUGGCACCACCAGGCCACAGAGAUCCCCAAGGACACCCUGGAGACCAUGGAGAACACCCCCGGACAUGUUGGGGCCCCCUCCAUGGGCACCAAGGACAGCAUGGGGACAUCCUAAGGAUAACCCUGGAGACUGUGGGGACCCCCACCAGGCACCAAGGACACCUGGGGGAACUCCCCACCCUGGAGACCUUGGAGAGCUCCCCCGGACACUUGCAGAUCUUGGGGACGCCCCCUCCUCCAUGGGGACACUCGAAGCACAGCCUGGAUACCAUGGACACCCCCACCUCUCCCCUAGGCACUGUGGACACCCUGAGGACUCCCCCCAGGUGCCCCAGAGCUCUUGGACACUGUGGGGGCACAGAGGUGUUUGGGCCACCCCUCCCAGCUCCCACCUGUGAAAUCAUGCCACCCUGGAAAGACUGGAGAACCCCCAGGACACUGAGAACACACUGGGGACCCUCCCCAAGGCACCCUGAAAACCCUGGGAAUUGUGAAGGAGUCGGGAUAUGGAGGAGGAUCACCUCUGAAGCCCCCAGGAAUGCCAUGGGUGCCCCCUCAAGGACCCCAGGAACCCCCCCUCAGCACCUUGAGGUGUUGGGGGGCACCUCCUGGGCACUGUGGAGACCAUGUAGGUCGGGGGUCCUUGUCCCUCCUCCAGCAUCCAGAAGCCAUGGUGACCUCCAGCGAGCCCAGGUACUUCGGGGCCCCCCUGCCCAGGGCCCCCUGCACUCCCCUGGGGCAAGUGCCAGACAGGCCCGCCCCCCCCCAUUCUCCUUCUCUGCAGGGUGUGUGUGCACCCCAAAAUGGGGAGAAGUGGGGGGCCCCCCCCCCUUUUAGGGGUGUCCUGGCCCCGCAGGGGCAAGGUUGGCUUGGGUUGUAGACCCCACAGGGGUCUUCUGGGACCGAGCUGCCCUCCAGGGGCACCGGGAGGGGUGGGGUGGAAAAUGGGGGGAGCCCCUCCCCCUGUUCAACGAAACCCCGCCCAUGCGAAGACACGCCCCUCGGAGACCACACCCCCAGCUCAAAGGCCACGUCCCCUCCCCCGCAGCCCUAGCCCGCGGUGGCGCCCUUUGGCGGUGGCCGGACCACGUGGAGCGGCGCCCGGGAUACGCAGGUUCAAGCCCCAACUCUGGCUGCUGCCGCUGGGAGGGUCGUGUCCUGCCCCUCCCCCCACCCCCCCAUUCGGUUUAUUUUGUCCCCAGGCUAGUGCCAAGUGGGGGAUGUGCUCUGCUCCCCCUCCGGUCCAGGAGUCCGGGGUGGGGGGUGUCUGCUCUCUCUCCUCUUUUUUUUCCAUUGGUGUCUUUUUACUGAAGGGGGAAAUUUUUUGGGGAGAAAGAACAAAAAACCCCCAACGAAUAAUAACAAUAAUGGUAGCGCUAAAUGGUAGCGAGGAGAGAAACCGACACAGUGAGCGGUGACUCCUCCGGAGUGACAGACACAUACCCAUCUAUUUUUAUAAGAGAAGAAAAAAAAAUUAAAAAAAAAAAAAAAUCCCCUGAACUCCCCCCCAAAACCUGCCCCUGUGGGGGGCGGGGGGAGGGAAGUUGCAGGGGGUGGGAAUCUGUUAUGUGCCCUCCCACCCCCCCGUGUUGCUUGGAGGCAGGACCAGAGGUUGUGAUCCCCAGGAAUGGUCACAGCACUUUCUGGAGCUGGGUCAAUGGCACUAAAAUGCCACCAGGUUGAGACUUCCAGGGGGUCCCACUGCUUCUGAGCCUCUGGCACCCCCAAACUGGGGUGUGUGUGUGUGUGUGUAUCCACACUGCCCUGUCCCCACCCUUCUCCAAACACCCCCAAAAUAGGCAUUUUUGCCCCAACUUCCUCAGCUUGCUGGGGCAGGUGCUUUUGCUUGGCCAGUUUGAGCAUCCUGGCCAAAGAAAAGGUCAAAAAAGCCCCUGAAACUCCCAACAGGCUGCCACCUAUAGCAGCCCCAUCUUUAUUAUUAUUAUUAUUAUUAUUAUUAUUAUUAUUAUUAUUAUUAUUAUUAUUAUUAUUAUUGUUAUUGUUAUUGUUAUUGUUGUUAUUACUAUUGCUAUUAUUAUUAAUUUUCUCUUCUCCGUCGGGAUAAUUUCUUGCUUUUCAGUGGUUUCAGUUCCUAUUUAUUUCCAAUUCUUCUCUGGCUUUCCCCAGCCCUGGGACCCCUGGGGCCCUCUGCUCCUCCUGGGUUCCCUAGGACCCCCACCCAUCCCAGGUCCUGCUUUUUGCGUUGCGUCGUGUUGUGCCCGUUUGCAGCUCCUUGUAGUUUUAACUUAUUGUUAAUGUAAAUAUGUAUUACUCCCCCCUCCUCCCCACCUGUGUGUGUGUGUGUCCGUCCCUGGGGUAGGCAAGGGACCCAGGUGUCCAGGACUGCCCCUACCCCACCAAGCUAUGACCCACCUGCCCCACCCUGGGGCGGCUUCACCCUGGGGACCCCCAUCCCAGGGACCCAGGCAGCCCCAGCCCCAGCAGGAUGGGUGGGUUGAGGGGACCCCCAGUUCAGUAGCAAUAAGAGCUGCACCCCAGGGGCCCUGCCUUGCCCCCUCCCCCCUCCAUUUGUCUGAGGUGGGGGGGGGGACCCACCAUGGGGAGAAAGCUCCUGAGCGUGAACAGGCCCCCCUGCGGUGGAGUGGGGCCCCUGGAGGGGAUGGGCUUCUGGCCCCCACUCCCGGACUUGGCUGUUUGUACUUUUCAUGGCAGAAAUAAAAAAAAUCUUAAAAAAAAAAAUUUCAGAAAUUGACAUGUGUGUGGGUUGGGGGGUAUGUGUGGCCCUGUGUGAUGUGACCACACCCCAAAGCACAGGGCACCCCAGGGGUGACAUCCUUCACUGUC